AGGCGAGAAACAACUAUAAAACAAGCAUUUCCACCAAAACUCAUCUUCUAAACCGCGUCGCCAUCAUCGAGAGAGAAAAGAAGAAGAGAAGAAGAAAGAGUAAGAAAGUGAGAAGUGUGAAUUUAGGGUUUGAUCGGAGAGGAAAAGAGAGGUUGGGAUUUGGGAGAGAGAAUGGCGCCGGUUGAGAGGAUAACAAUGGGGUUCGAUCAUUUCAAGAAGGAGAUCUACGAGAAGAAGCCAGAUCUUUUCAAUGAACUUGCUGAUGGCCAGAGUCCAAAGUUCAUGGUGUUUGCAUGCUCUGAUUCAAGAGUGUGCCCGUCGGUGGUGCUCAACUUCCAACCUGGGGAGGCCUUUACUGUGCGAAACAUCGCCAACAUUGUCCCUCCCUAUGAUAAGACAAAAUAUGCUGGAGCAGGGGCAGCCGUUGAGUACGCGGUUCUGAAUCUGAAGGUGGAGAACAUAGUGGUCAUUGGGCACAGCCGUUGUGGUGGGAUCAAAGGACUCAUGUCUAUCAAGGAUGAUGGCUCCACAACCACUGAUUUCAUUGAGGAGUGGAUGAAGAUUGGCUGGCCGGCAAGGGAGAAAGUUUUGGCCUCUUUUACCGACUUGCCCUUCUUGGAUCAAUGCACCCUUUGUGAAAAGGAGGCAGUGAAUGUUUCUAUUGAAAAUUUGAAGACAUACCCAUUUGUGAAAGAAGGAUUAGAGAAAGGGACUCUAGCACUGAAUGGUGCACACUAUGACUUCGUUACUGGCAAUUUUGAAACAUGGGACGCAUGAAACUCUUAAUUAUCAUGUAUUAUUUCCUUAAUUAUUAUAUAUAUAUAUAUUAUCUUCUUAAUCAAGUGCAAUAAUCUUGUGAGUUUGUUGUAAUUCACUUGUUUUUUGGUGUGAUUUUGUGUAUAAUUUGGUCCUACUAUGACCAAGAACAACAUUUGUAACGUAAGUUGAUGCUAAUUUUUCUUUUUCAAUAAUAAAAGUAAUAAUGAGUUCUAUUUUGUA